CCUACUCACUCUUUCUUUCUUGCGAUCUUCAAAGCCUGCAUUCCAGUUUUAAUGAUCUGCCAGGGAAACAAAUAUCAUUACCGCGACCUCAGCACACUCAAGCGAUGAGACUGGUUCGAUCUCCAGCGGUCCGGUCGCAACACACAUCUACAUUGCACCUCUUCUCCAUCACGUGACAACUGGAGAAGCAUGGAGGAAUUCUCACGACUCUGCUGUCUGAUCGUAGAAGACGUCUAUGGCGGGUUCCUUGCUCAAAUCUUCAAAAUCUUGAUCCAACUGGGGCGACUUUCUGCUUCUCAAGUGGCGCAGAAAUGUCGUCUACCCCAGCGGCAGGUCAGGACUGGUCUGGCUACUCUGAUCCAGUUACGUCUGGUCUAUCACCAUACGACUUCCGACGGUUCACUGUCAACGUAUCAGGCCAAUUCUCAUAAUGCCUACAAUCUUGUGCGGCUUGGAAAACUGCUUGCACUUGUUGAACGUAGCUACGGUCACGCGGCAGCGACCCUUAUGGAGCAUCUGGCCACGCUGGGUUAUGGUACUGCGGACGAUCUCGAGGCACACAUUCGCGCGGACCAGGAAAGUCCUGCCCCCCGCAUCAAUGGACAUUCUGCGACCGAAAAGCAGGUAAACGGUGAUUUGAAUCGCCGUGACCGUUUCAUCAAGGUGCUGAAGGUGUUGAUCGACAAUCAAUACAUCGCUGCUGUGCGUGAUGCCCACUUUCAAUCACUUUUUGAUGCUCGCCAAGAUAUCGAGAGACAGUAUCGAGGCCUUGGAAUGGCUUCCACCAAAACCAAAAAGUCACAGCUUGAGUUCGAUAUGAAAGUGGACGUUGAGCUGGAGAAGCGCCUAGACCCAACCGUAUCGGCAGCAUAUAUCAUGCACGAGCUCAUUUCCGACAACUCGGAUGGUCCUGACACCAACACUGGCCAAGGCAAGACGUUGCUAUGCGUUGACUAUCAAAACGUCGUCAAGUCAAUACGAACUGAGAGACUAGCGCCUGCGGCGGCAAGGCUACUCGGCAGAGAAUUUGCGACAAUUACACAAGCAGUCUGUUCACAAAUCGAGCUUGACUCCAACCCUUUCACGAUUCGGUCUCUAGAAGAUCCAAUGGCUUCGAAGCAGCGAAUAGACACAUCUCUGCUCGCUGCUGAUGUUGCUGUCUUGUCAAGAGCCGAGGAUGCAGAAGACGGCUCGCUGGUCGACGGAUACCCUACGAAUGGCUACCAUACUCCACAUACCAACGGUACAAGAAAUGAUCCGCUUCUUAAUCAGCGUCUGGCUGUACUCGCAGGAGGACCUUUUCGGUUCAUCUCGCAAGAUUUCGGUGGCUCGUUUCUCGUGGAUAGAAAGCAGUUGGGCAACUAUCUCCGUGACCAGGAACUAUUGCGGCUCAUGAGUGAGCGGGUAGAUGGCCCAGCGCUUAGGAUCAUGCGCAUGCUGAGCGAUAAGGGCAAACUCGAUGAGAAGGCUCUUCAAGAAGUGGGACUGUUGAGUGCCAAAGAUUUGCGACAAUGUCUUGCUCAAUUGCAGGUAAAAGGGUUUCUCGAACUACAGGAAGUUCCUCGAGAAGCACAGCGCCAGCCUAAUCGCACAAUCUUUCUCUGGUUCUACGAUGCCGAAAGAGUACGAAAAGUCUUUCUGGGUCAGCUUUUUAAGGCGAUGGCACGGCUUUUUCAGCGGCUGCAUCUGGAAAGAACCAGACUCUCAUCAACACUAAGCAAGAUCGAGCGGACAGAUGUGCAGGGGAGUGAAGAAGAAAUCCUGCCUGCCGGGGAGUUCCGGUUGUUGUCGGAGUGGAGGGAGAAGGAAAUCUGGUUCACAGCGGAGCUCGAGCGUCUCGAUGACUCUGUUGCCAUGCUGCGGGAUCUUUGAUUUUGAGACAAGGGUCUCGGCGAUUCAUGACUAUGAUUGGCAUAGAAGCAAGCGCGGCGUCAUUGGAUCUAUUGUCAAGGAGCGUUCAUUGCUAUUGUCAUGGCGCUUUUGGGUUCACAUGAGAUAUCUACCAUUAGACCUUCAGAGCAGUCUAUUCUCGCACUGAACAGGAUACCUACUAAAACUGCUAAAGCCAUAAUUAAUAAAGCUAUUCGCCAG